AUGGAGGCAAUUGAGCCGUCCCAGUUCGAUGUGGUGGUGCUUGGCACGGGCCUCACCGAGUCGAUCGUGGCGGCAGCUGCAGCAAAGGCGGGGAAGAGCGUCCUGCAGCUGGACCCGUCGGCACAUUAUGGCGGCAGCUGGGCCAGCAUGCGCCUCAGCGAGCUGAAGGUACUCCUGCUGCCAGAUGAGCAGCCGCAGCAGCCAGAGCAGGCAGGCAACAAUGACGCUUCGAGCGCAAGCCACAUGCAGCACCACAAGCACCAGCCGACAGCCGGCAUCUCUGGGGCUGAAGUGUGGCAGCAGCCUGGGACAGAGCCGGGCCCUGACAACCAAUUCAACAUUGACCUCGCGCCCAAGGUGGCCUAUGGCGCGGGCACCCUGAUCCAGCUGCUGCUGGGCAGCGGGGCACACAACUACCUGGAGUUCAAGCUGGUACAGGGCAGUUACCUGUUGCAGCUUGACAGCAGCGGCAGCCACACAGGCCUUCGCAGUGUGCCCAGCAGCAGAUCAGAGGUGUUCAAGGACCGCCAGCUGACACCCCUGCAGAAGCGCAGCGUCAUGCGCUUUCUGAAGGCUGCGGCCGAGGCACUGGACGGGCAGGGGCCUCUGAAAGAUGCAUUCGGGCAACAGCCCAUUCAGGACCUUCUGGAGCAGCAAGGUCUAGAUCUGCAGCUGCAGCAGUCGGCCCAUUCUUGA